CUCAGCAUAUACCGUCCUAUAAUAUACGGAAACACGGCAACUGUCCUCACUCCAAGGGAACGCGACGCGCUUCCCCAUCCAGACCACACCCACAGAUGGACAGUCGCCGUUCGAAGCGCCGCGUCUGAGCCUGAUUCUGACGAGGUCGGCGGCGCAGACGAUCUAAGCUACUUUAUCAAACGCGUAACAUUCAAAUUACACGACACGUAUGCCAACCCAUCUCGAAACGUUGAUAAGCCGCCUUUUGAAGUUUCGGAAACAGGGUGGGGUGAAUUCGAGAUUACCAUACGCAUAACUUUCAUCACCGAAUCCGGAGAGAAAGCAAUGACGCUCUACCACCACCUCAAACUUCACCCAUGGACUGCAUCAGGGGACCCAGAAAUCCCCCCUCUCGACGUAGCCAUGAAGCUCGGUCCCGUACACUCAUGGCAAUACGACGAAAUCGUCUUCAACGACCCAUAUCAGAACUUCCUCAACCUAUUGACAGCUCACCCACCAACACCGCUGCCGAAAGCGAAACGCCGCGGCGUGCCGGAGUUCAAUACGCUGAUGGAGAAGGAGGAAGCAGAUCGUCUUGAGGAG